AUGCACUCCAACACCUUUCUUUCUCUGAUCGCGAUUUGUGUUUACCAAUUCCUCACAGGUGUCAGUUCAGCAAGUACGCCAAACCACCAAUUACCAGUCGUCAACAUGAGCCCUUUGAAGAUCAAUCUAUUAGAUGGACACGUGAAAUGUUAUAAACCAGGCAAACAUCAUCAUGCUAUGUCAGUAGACGACUGUCUGGGAUUGACAAAUAGUGCCAAGGUUGAAGAAUUCAAGCCUCUACCCAAAUGGACUGUGGAGUGGGGUUACAGAGACUGCGCUCUUACCUUUGCAAACUCGGCUAAAGCAAUCAGUAUACCUAGGUUCACUACAAAUGAUGUAGUUACUCUUUUGGAUAUCAUAAGUAGGGUGUGUCCUCUAGACGAUCGCAACCUUCAAUACGGAGGUCAAUAUACUAUCACAAGUAUUGCUGGAAAGAAAAUAUUUCCUAUUCAAAUCAGUUUACAAAACUCUAAAGAUCCACAAUGUUACAGAGAUGAAAGGACCACUGAAUGCGAUACUGUGAACAACGGUCUUUGA